AUGCCCGGACCUACCUUCUUCAUAACCGGCGCCACAGGCCCCCAAGGCAAUGCAGUCACUCGCCAUCUCCUCAGCAAAGGCUGCACCGUGCAUGCAAUCACACGCAACCCUAACUCUUCUACCGCCGUAGACCUAAGUUCCCUAGGCGUCAAACUGUUUACCGGAGAACUCGACAACGAAGAAGUCCUCCGAUCCGGCAUGAAGGGCUGUACAGGCAUAUUUCUCAACGUGCCCCCAAGCCCACUCACAGCAGUCGACUACUGCAAACACAUACUAGCAGCCGCCAAAGAUACCGGCACUAUCAUACAUGUCGUAUGCUCAACCUCUUUUUCUACCGACCAUCCCGAAAGACUCGCAGCUUGGGACCCCAACGGCGCAAUUGCCAUGAUCCUUCGACCCAAGCAAAUCAUCGAAGAACUCGUCCGCAACGGCGGAUUUGAAUACUGGACCAUCCUGCGGCCUGGUAACUUCAUGGCUAACUUUCUUAAACCGAAAAUCCUAUUGGCGUACCGUGGUCUGGAAAUGAGCGGCAUUUUUCGCACGUCAUUUCAAAAGGAAAACAUCAUCCCAAUGGUUGAUCACGACGAUAUUGGCAAGUUCGGUGCUGCGGCUUUAUUGGAUCCGGCGCGAUUUCAUACACAAGCUAUUCACAUAGCAUCGGAGCUUCUCACAGUAGAUGAGAUCAUGAGUGGAUUGAGCAAGGCAACGGGUAAGAAGAUAACGGCAUACUUUUUAUCGGACGAGGAGUUUGAAGUGGAGGCAGCGAAUAAUUCGCCGGCUUCAUGGCAAAAGGUUUUACGUGAUAUGGUUCAAUUUGCGGAUAUGGAGAAACUGAAUGCGUGGAAAAUACCUUUGAAUUCAUUUUCGGAGUUUCUCGAAAGGGAGAAGGAGAUUGUUGAGGAUACAUACAGUCAAGUUCCGUACUAG